UCUGAACUCCACUUAGGGAUGUAAUAAAAAAUCAACUAUACUUUUCAAAACAAAUCAUUUUCAAUCAAAAAUACAAAUGCAAAGUUAAUCAUUCAAAAGUCAACAACACAAGUUAAAAAAAAAAGGAAUAAUGUCAAAAUCUUCCACCACGCAAUUUGAAGAUACCAAAAUGACAGUCCGCGAUGCAAGUUAUGAGGACAUGAAAUUUAUAAGAAAAAAGCUUCGAAUCUGCACAUUAGAGUUCUUCGGAAAUCAAGAUAUGAAGCUUGAAUUUAGAAGUUCAAAUUAUUCUUUGGUCGUUGAACAGGAAUCCAGGAAAUUGCUUGCUUAUGCGAAUAUUGGAAGCUCGCCGAAUUUAAGUGCACUUCCGAAAGAAAGUUGGUUGGAAUGGAUACACUUUUAUUUUGGAUUAAAAUACAUAACUUAUGGAAAUACACUUUUUAUGACAUUCUUAGUCAUUGAUGAUGCGAGUUUACUUUUUCAAAUAUAUGAAGAGGUGUUUCUUCGAGAACCAAAAAUUAAAUACAUAUGCACUGUUGCACCACCAAUUGAUUCUAUUUACGAAGAGAUUUUUUCCACCUACAAUGAACGAAUAUUUUCGUUGGAUAGAUCAAUAAAUAGACUAAAUCAAUCGAUUUUUGUUUGUAAAAAAUACGACGUUAUCCCCAAAAUGAAUUUCCGCCUUGCUUUGAUUGAAGAUAAUGAUAAGUUAGUGCAAAUAAUUGAUCAAACAUUCAAAUUUGUUCGAGAAGAUUUAGGGGAUUAUUAUGUUGCUGAACAAGUUUUGCGUGACGAUCCAAGUGAAAUCAUCAUUAUGUCACUGAUUUCGAAACAUCCAGUUGGAAUGAUUUGGUUGAAUUCACAUAUUAACCAAAAGAUAUUAGUAGAUAAUUUUGAAAUUGCUGCUUUUGGUAACUUUCUUAAGUCCAAUGAUCCAAAUAUCAAUGAAAUGGGAUCAGGAAGUGCAAUAGAUCUUGUUCAGAAGCGAUCAGAUGAAUUUAUUGGUAAAUUUGAAGAUAAUGAAAUUACAAAUGAAAGUAGAAUUUCAGCAAAGUAUCCAACGAGCCUGAACAACCUAUUUAUUGAUACGAGCUCAAGCGAUUCCGAACCUGAACCAUAUCAAUCUGAAGACAAAUUUCCACAAAAUAUAUUUAGAAAAUGGAGCCACAUAAGUAGAAAGUUUGAACCUCAUCUUACUGAAGAAUCCAAAAAAAGUAUUAUUAUACCAAAAUCAUCAGAAUCUAUCAAUGCAUUUGCCAUUCAGUUAUUUGGAUUUUGUACUGGAAUAGAUCCUCGCAGAGUUUUUGACCUUGUAGCAUCCUCCUUUUCUUCUUACCCAGACCACGAGUAUUGCAUAUUAUCACUUUCAUCAACUGACGCGUCUUCAAAUUCCACAUAUGGACCACUUUUAAAAUAUUUUUCACGUGUAAUUCCACGAGUGGGGUCCAAAAUCUCCGAUUGCCUCUACGUUUCACAUAGAAAAUCAUUUCAUUCUGAAAUCGAAUUAUCGGUCUUGACCAAUAAAGAUAUUUCCGAUGUGGAGGCUAUGUUAUACCACCCAACAUUUGAAAGAAACGAUAUGGUGAAUAUUUUGCAAUCAAUUGAGGAAUACUUGGCCAAUAGGUGGUCCACGUAUGAAAUGCUUAUAAUACGCUGUAGUGGAUGCGCUAUUGGUUUCAUUGUUUUAAGACAAAACUGCAGUUUAUGUGAAUUUGAAACAAAUUAUGAAUUAAUUGAUAAUGAAGAACUUUUCCCAGAAUGGCAUUCAGGAGAAUUGAAAUAUUUGUACUUGCAUCCUGCUUUUAUUUGGGAAUGGAUACAUGUAACUCGCGAAAUAUUCCGACUGACAGGAUACAUUUCAAUGUUUUAUAAACUUAGAAAAGAGCCCAACCACACAAUAUUAAAUAGCUUUCUUUUGAACAUGUUUCCAGUAUUUCCUAGAAAACAGCUUAACAAAUCCCCUGUAGAUCCAUAUGCUCUCUAUUACAUAAAUACUAAAUUGUGUCACAAAGUUAGGAUACAAAGUGAAAACAAAAUUGUCAUCGUGGGAUUCAAUGAAGUUUCCAAAGGAUUCCUAAGAACUCUACUCUUCUCUACAAGCUCGAAACAAAUAAAAUGUCCCAAUGUAACGGUUAUAACUGAAUGCAAUGGAUUUAUUGAAGCGGAACAUGAUACAAACUUUUUUAAGGAGCAACAGUCUUUAUUCUUUGAAGCUAAUGACCAAUUCUCCGCGAAUUUCUUAAGAAAAUUAGAAUUCAGGACUUGGGUGAAGUUUUUGGCUGGAGAGCUAAGGAAAAUUGAUGGAAAAAGAGUAACUUUGGAAAAUGGAACUGUGUUAAGAUAUGAUAGGCUCUUGCUCACGUCUUCUUCAAGAUAUAAUUCACCAAAGACACUCCAAUUUAUGCCACGACCUUUAAACUAUAUAGAAAUCAAUAACCGUUUGGAUAUGAUAAUAUUCUAUGAUAAGAUGCAAGUCUUGUUAGCAAUGGACUCAACAGACCUUCCCAUUUUAAUUUACGGCUCCGCCGCAAUAACUCAUUCGUGUGUUAGUUCUUUGAUUGACCUGGGAAUAAAACCAACGCUAAUUAGUAUAGUUAUACCAGCCAAUGAAGACAUUGAUUUUCCCGAAGCAUUGGACGAUGAGUAUGUGACUAAGUGGAUAAGUAUGAAAGAGAAAGAAAUUGGAGUACGAAUUUAUCAAAACUUUAAUUUCGUCGACUGGAGCUUACAUCGAAAUGAAGAAGCAAUUAAAAGUGUUCUGUUUGAGUCUGAUUCGGAUGGGAAAUUUUCCUUAGAAUGCUUAGCCUUUAUAAGCUUCUGUACAAAAAUGUUUGCUGAAAACCCAUAUCAGUCCUUAAAUAAAAAAUUCGAAUUCUUCAAUAACACAAUGCUUAUAAAUGAAAACUCAAAGACAAAUAUCCCGUUUGUUUACGCUUGUGGUCCAGCAACCCAAUACCGUGACGUAUCACCUGAUAGUCAAUAUCAACAAAAAUACUUAAAUCAAAUUGAAGUUGGAAAUAAACUAGCAAUGAGUUUUAUCGAAAAAAUACUUACUGGCUUGGAAUCAAAUAUUAUAAAAGCUAAGUUUGUCAAACCAAUUUUUCGGCAAUAUCAACUCAUAGGAGGCUUUAUUUACGGAGGUUUAAGGAAACCUGGUCGAUAUUUUUCAAGAGAAACCAGAAAAAAUCUUCCUGACAUCGGUAAAGAUUUAAUUACUGCAAGUAGAGAAGAGUAUUGUCGGCUAUAUCUUGAUCACAAUGGUUUUGUUUCUGAAAUAAGUUGCAUUACCAGAAAGCACAAGAACCUCGAGUUUCUUAAAAGACUUUUUGGCUUACAUGAAACAUACUUCAACAAUUUGAGAUUAAAGUGCGAAUGCGGAGAAAUCGAAGAUUUACUGGAUUACUUUUAUCAGAACACAUUUUCAGCAAUAUUACACAACCAGUUUAAAUUGUUUAGGCAAACAAUGCGAACUAAAAAUCUCGAAUGUUUGAACAAAUUCCAACGUGAUGUUGAAAAGGUUAAUAAAGUGGAUGUGAUUGAGUUUUUAAAAGCAAAGAAUAUGGAUGAAGUAAUCCAGAAUGAUUUGAUCGAAUUUAUAAAGAAACAUUCUAAGCUCCUACAUCAAAACUACGCACUUCCAAAUGACUUUCCGUAAAAUAAUUGUGCUUGUAUAAUGUAAUUUAAUACAUGUUUUUUUUUCAUUUGUAACUUCUUUUAUUUCAAUUUUAAUAAACUGCUUGUAAACAAUUACUUCUAAAUAAAAAAACUUGGUGUC